GUAAAUUACAUACUUCAAAAAAUAUAUAAAAAGUAGAAAAAUCUCAAAAAGGCUUUUUAAACUUACAUUUACACUAAAACCAACGGACCACCUUGGCGUAUACGUAAUAAAAACGGCGAGUGCAAUUUCGAGGAAUGCAUAAGUUAGCUGCGGCUGCUUAAGCGGCGGAGGAGCGCAAGCGAAUGCUGCUGCUGCCAGAUUACGCUUUACAACAUGGAUGGCGAAAAUCGGAUUAUACUCAAUGUGGGUGGCAUAAGAUAUGAAACAUAUAAGGCGACAUUGAAGAAAAUACCCGCCACACGCCUCUCUCGUCUCACUGAGGCGCUGGCCAAUUAUGAUCCGGUGCUGAAUGAAUAUUUCUUUGAUCGCCAUCCGGGUGUAUUCACGCAAAUACUCAACUACUACAGAACCGGUAAACUACACUAUCCCACAGAUGUCUGUGGACCACUAUUCGAAGAGGAACUAGAAUUUUGGGGACUCGAUUCGAACCAAGUAGAACCAUGCUGUUGGUCCACCUACAGCAUACACCGUGACACACAGAAUACUUUAGCCAUUUUAGAUAAAUUAGAUAUUGAAAAUGAAAAACCCUCUGAAGAACAAAUUGCACGUCUAUUCGGUUUCGAAGAAGCACUCAUCAAUGGACGACUUAGCUGUUGGCAACGCAUUAAGCCGAAGGUGUGGGCGCUCUUUGAUGAACCCUCCAGUUCGACGGGUGCUAAAAUCGUAGCUAGUAUGUCGGUUUUCUUUAUAUUCGUUUCUGUGAUAUCGUUCUGCCUGAAGACCCAUCCGGGUUUUCGUGUGGACUUUCCCGCCACUCACACCCAACAUGGACCAAGUCCGUCGGCUGUACCGCACACGCCAGCCGUGCACAUACCGAGUAUACCUCAUCAGCAUAAUAUGCCACCGGUGCCGCCGAGCGCACACAUAGCCACCACAGUGACGGCGGCACCGGGUACACGUAGCGGCGCUGUGGGCAAUAUGGCACCGCCGAUGCACGCGAACAACUACGGUGUGAACGUAACAAGUGCCAGCGGCAUCAACUAUACGCUGGCGCAUACCUUUAAAGUCACAAAUUAUACAGCGCCGGGUAAUGCCAACACCAGUCAGUCCAUUGCUACGUUCACGCUAAAGGGCACCGGCGGCGGUCCAUCCAAUCGCAAUCGCCUGAAACGUUCCAUACGCAACGUAAAGGAUUUGAUACAACAGAAAUUGCUCGGCGGUGUCGAUCAUCAUGGUCAUGGCUGGCAUGAGUCGUACGGACAGCCGCACGAGGCUUUCUUCUACGUGGAGUUGGUGUGCAACGUGUGGUUCUUCAUCGAGGUGCUCAUCAGGCUCAUUGUCUCACCGAAUAUUUGGCAGUUCAUCAAAUCGCCGGUCAAUAUAAUUGACUUCACCGCCACGCUUAGCUUCUACACGGACGUCAUGCAACGUAUGGGUGAGUACACUGGCCUGCUGGAGGCUUUCUCGAUAGUACGUAUUAUGCGUCUCUUCAAGUUGACGCGACAUUCGCCUGGUCUUCGCAUCCUCAUACACACAUUCAAGGCCUCAGCGAAAGAGCUGACGUUGCUGGUCUUCUUCUUAGUGCUUGGUAUAGUGUUCUUCGCCAGUUUGGCUUACUAUGCGGAGAAGUUGCAGGACAACCCUGAAAAUCAGUUCAAGAGCAUACCACUUGGCCUCUGGUGGGCCAUAGUCACUAUGACCACUGUCGGUUAUGGCGAUGUGGCGCCAAAAACUUAUCCGGGUAUGUUUGUAGGCGCGCUUUGUGCUUUAGCUGGCGUAUUGACGAUAGCACUGCCGGUACCCGUCAUCGUUAGCAACUUUUCCAUGUUUUACUCGCACACACAGGCACGUUCGAAACUGCCAAAGAAACGCCGGCGUGUGCUACCCGUCGAGCAGCCGCGUCGCAAACGCGAACAGGGUCCACCGGCACGUGGCCGUGCGAACGCCAUUAAACAGACAACUUCACUGCCACAUGGCCACCAUGGCGGACACGCUGGGCAUUUGUUGAGCGCCACCGGCCUGCAUCAUGGCGUUGCGUCGGCGACGCCGGCAACAGCGACGACGAUGUUCAAGGAUCCUUUCGGCGGUGCCAAAAUCGGCAGCAUGAAUGGCGUUAAUGUGAUAGGCCUCAACAUGCCGGGGCAACAACCAGUGCCUUUGACCGCCGCCACGGCCGGUGCCACCUGCGGUGCUGCGAGGAUGCCCUCACCAUUGCCAAAUCAUCCGUCGGGUUCAACGUCGGCAACCGCGCAGACAUCGCUAAUGCUGACCAGCGGCGGCCCAGCGGUCAUAAGCUCGGAUUACUUGAGCGUGCCUCAGAUACAGAGUUUGCAGCCGCGCGCCGCCACAACGGGACAUGACUUUAUGCUGCCACUGCAACCUAAGCUGUUAGCGCCAUUAGAAUGCAAAGAUCAUCACGCGCUGCAGUUGGCGCCGCAACAUCUGCCUGGCGCCGAUGGCAUGCAUAACGGUGUACAAUUACAUCACACGCAGGCGCCCUACCACAUCACCGGCGCGCAUCAUUGCCUCAGCAGCAGCGGCGGCGCUGCUGGUGGUGGCGUCGGCAGCACGGACAGCAUCAGCGGCAGUCACUCGGGCAGUCGCGCCGCCUUAAAUGUGCCGCCCACUAUUAGCGUGGCCUCCGCGCAAAUGCCGCAUGGCGUACGCACACCCAACCUGAGCGCGCGCGCUGCACAAAUAUUGGCUGCGCAACAAAUGCGUGAGCAAGCGGCCGCCGCCGCCGCCAGUGCUGGUCACGGCAAUGUGCAUCAUACAAGUGGUUGUAAUAUAACGAUUGCGGUCAAUGAUGGCGGCGGUGGUGCGUUGCUGGAAAUGGAGAACUCCAAUGCGUACAUGGAGCAGCAGCAACAACAUCAACAUCAACAACAACAACAUCAGCAACACCAUCAGCAAACACAGUGCUCGCCGCAGUGCACACAAAGUCCACAAAAGCAACAGCAACAUCACUACCAACAACAACAGCAGCACACGCAACAUCAUCACCCACCGCCGAAGGUGACGCUGCUGGACGAUGGUUGCAGCAGCGAUUGCGCCAAUGCGACGGAUGAGGGCGAGGACGACUAUGAGAGCCGUAAUGGCAGUGUUAAUGAGUAUACAAAUGGUGAUGAUGGCGAUGCCGUUGGUGGUGGUGGUGGUAGUGGUAGAGGUGGCAGCGGUGGCCGCUUAUACGGCACCGAUUUGCGCUGA